UAAUGCGCUAGAAAGUUCCCCGGAUUGAAUAAGUACAGUGCGAAGGUCGUUAGUGGUUCUUGUUGUUCUCUGUAAAACAGUAUUGAAAUAGCUGACAAUUCAGCGAGUCUUUGUUCUUUUCUAAAAACUAAUCAUAUAACAGCAACAUGCCGAGAGGAAGCAGAAGCAGAACUUCGAGGAUGAGUUCUCCAAGUUACUCCUCACCUGCACCGAUGGCUAGGGCACCUCCUCCACGUUCAUAUGCCCCUGCGCCUGCCCCUGCUCCACCAUCGGCAGUGGCCGCCCCUGCUGCUGCUCCCAGGCAACCAGGAAUGUUCGCCCAGAUGGCAACCACUGCAGCGGGUGUUGCGGUUGGGUCUGCUGUUGGGCACACAAUAGGUCAUGCUAUGACAGGUGGCUUCGGUGGAGGGGGAAACUCUGAGGCAGCCAGGCCUGAUGUUACCUAUCAGGAGCCCUACCAGAGUCAGCCCAUGUAUCAACAGCAGCCAUCAAUGUACCAACAGCAGCCCACGUUCCAACAGGAGCCACAGCAGCAGAACGGUUGUGCAUAUGAGCUGAAGCAGUUCAUUGAGUGUGCUCAGACACAGAGUGACCUCAAACUCUGUGAGGGCUUCAGCGAAGUACUUAAACAAUGCAAAUUCUCCAAUGGACUAUCAUGAGAUUCCAAUGGGGACGUGGACACAACUCUACCACACUCAUUCAACAUCAGCUUGAUUUUGCGAAAAAUUUUAAUCUUAAAAAUCUAAAAACAGUAUGCUAAAAUUAAUAGCAUUUUCUCAAGAGAAAUGCUGUGUAACAUAUUAGAUGCAUAGUAUUUAUGUAUUUUGUUUUAGUAAUAGUUGAAUUUGAAUGUAUUAAAAUCGUGUGAAUUUGAAUUGCAAAUAAAAGAAUCAGA